UCUGCACCCCUCACACAUCUCGUUCGCGGGAAAAUCGAUCGAUACUUCGUGCGACGUGGACAGUGUUGUUAAGAUUCGCUGUGUCGAUAAUGUUAAUUUAAUUAAAUAAUUCUACCAAGUUAGUGUAUUAAAGUGUUUCAAACACUAAACACCAUGGCUUUGUACAGGAUUGUGUGUUUUGCUUUUGUUCUUACGGUAUCGGUGACCGCCGAAUUUGUUUGGAAGCAUCAUAAUAAUGAAGAACUACCCUUAGUUUUGGAAGAAGUUCACGAGAAAUGUCCAAAUAUUACUCGAGUGUAUGCGUUGACGGAGCCGUCAGUUUGUGGAGUCCCUCUAUAUGUUAUUGAGUUUUCCGAUAGUCCUGGAUUCCACCAGCCAUACAAACCGGAGGUUAAGUACAUUGGAAAUAUUCACGGGAAUGAAGUCCUUGGUCGGGAGCUGUUGUUGGGUUUGGCAAACUACCUAUGUGAUCAGUAUUUGGCCCGGGACCGUCGCAUCAGGAACCUGAUACAUAACACGCGGAUCCACCUCCUGCCUGCCAUGAAUCCUGAUGGCUGGCAGCUGUCCACAGACACGGGGGGCCAAGAUUAUCUUAUUGGUCGCACUAACAAUCACUCGGUGGACCUGAACAGAAACUUCCCAGAUCUAGAUGCCAUUACUUUCCAAUUCGAAAAACAGGGCAUCAGCCACAACAGCCACAUACUGAAGGAUUUGACUAGUCUCACUGCUCCGCUCGAGCCGGAGACACGGUCUAUUAUGAGAUGGAUCAUGUCCAUUCCCUUCGUGUUGAGUGCCGCUAUGCACGGAGGAGACUUGGUCGCGAACUAUCCUUACGAUGAAAGUAAGAGUGGAGCGCCGGUGUCCGAGUACUCUGCCAGUCCUGACGACGAGACUUUCAGGGAGCUGGCGUUGGCAUAUGCCACAAACCAUGCGGACAUGGCCUCACCGACCCGACAAGGAUGCCACGUCACCAGUGCCGAUGAAUCUUCCGUGUACAACUUCGGGAAACAGGGAGGGGUCACCAAUGGAGCGGCUUGGUACAGCUUGAAAGGAGGAAUGCAAGAUUUCAAUUAUCUUGCAACAAAUGCGUUUGAAAUAACCCUGGAGUUGGGUUGCGAGAAGUAUCCAGCUGAGAGUAAAUUAUUCAACGAAUGGGAGAGGAACCUGGAGGCAAUGUUGUCGUACUUGGAAAAGGCACACAUUGGGGUCAAGGGGUUAGUCAGCGACGGCUCUGGAUUCAUUGAGAACGCUGUUAUAUCUGUGGUGAACAUCACUGGACCACUCCCACGGCCUAUUCGCCAUGACGUCACUACUGGACCAUUCGGCGACUACUACCGUCUACUAACCCCGGGUCACUACGAGAUCACUGCGAGCUUCCCCGGAUACUUCCCAGUGUCCCGGGUGGUGACUGUCCCGGAGUACCAGACGGUAGCUAACAUCGUCAACUUCAAACUUGAGCCUACAUCAACCUGGUUUGACGACGAGUCAGUAUUCGGUCUCUACCCUCACGGUCUCCGAGACGGACAGCCGCGCAUAUACAAGAGGUCCCUCUACGAAAAAGUCACCAAAACCAUCCUAGAACACAAGGAACCCAAAUUGGCCAAACAGUAAAUAGGUAUUUUAAUUUUUGAUUUCACACACUAUAUAAUGUAUACUGGGACAUUUUUAGUUGGUUUUGAAAUGAGUCAAAUAGUUUCUUACAAUUAUCAACAUAAUCACGUCACGGGGGUUGUUUUUGAAAUAACAGUUUUUUUUUAAUAUUUUAACUCGCCAUGAAAGGGAAAAACGAAAUAUAAUAAUUUGUACGAAACACUUGAGAGAAUUUUAUCGUGAACAUUUGUAGAGUUUUAAAUCGUUGGCAUAUUAUAUUACCCUUUGGAAUUAUAAAGAACUUGGGUGUAUUAUGAAAAAGAAUAUAUUCCCAUAUGCAGCCCCUCAUUUAUAUAAAUAAACGUAGGUACCUACAUUGCAAUGUCACUGGUUGGAAGACAUAGCAGUGUGGAGUUUAUCAUAAAAUAAACUGUUUAAAGGAAAAUGGAAUUUGAGGCAAAGAGAAACUACUUUGAUGUUUACAAUCAAUCGCAUGAAGUUUAUAAAUAUUUAUGGGCAACCGGUAGUGUGUGAAUUAGGGUACAAAUCAUAAUAUUAUGGGUUACACUUAUACCUGAUGAAAGUAUGUAAAGUAAAUUCAGAGUAAGUUGCAAUGUUUAUAAUGUUCUGUUGUAUGUAUUACAUAAGUUAUUUAUAACAAAGUAAGACUUAAAUGAAACUUUCCAAAGCUAAAAUGGAAGGAAAAUCUUCAAACAUGAAGGAAAUUAUUAGAAGUGCCAUAGAAAGAAAUCAUUACAUUACAAAAAUGAUCAUUUACAUAGCGUCUACUAUAAGAUGACUACGGCAAAUGGAACAGAAGAGAGAUGUAUCUACUAUACUUUCCAUUAAAUUAUUGUGCCAUAGACACACGAUGAUAGAAGAAGAAAGCGUUAUCGUAUGAGAACUUCAACUUAUAGUAGGGCUUUGUACUUUCAAUUAUUAGUCAAAAUAAGUUACUCUUUUUUGAACAUAACAUGACAAUGAAAUAUUUUCUAGUCCAAAUAUUUAGGCUACACUGUCUGUGUAUAUAAAAUAUCAUUAGUAGUGUAGUCAGUUUAGUGAAUAUUAUUAUAUAUUUUAAGAUGAUUUGUCUUCGAUAUGUAUUAUAGUGUAAUUAUAAUUUCUUAAUCAAUUAUUGGUGUCUAUCACAAUAUCUAAAAAGGCAGCUAAAAUAAAAUACACUGUAAGUUUUCGAUUUCUAUACGAACUUACCCUUGUAUAUAUUUUUAAAACAACAAUAUAUUUAUUAUCAAUUGUAAUGAAAUUUUGUAAUCCAAUUAUGGUACUUUGUCACAAAUUUGUUAAUAGUUAUGUGUACAAUAUGCCUAAAUCUUGUCAGCUAUGAUAAUGUAUGUAAUAGUAAAGAUAGUGUCGAACACUUAAAUAAAUAAUAAUGAUUUGUGUG